AUGAUGAUGAAAGUGAUGGUGAGGAAGGCUCAGGAGUGUGCAGAACAGAUCCGGUGCAGAGAUUCCCCGUCAUCUAGCACCUGCAAACAGCUCCUCCAUGGCAACGUCCUCACACCCCAUAAUAUUCCUGAGUUCUUCCUGCCACCGAGACUUAUCCGACACCACCCGGCUCUACCCAGCUCACUCAUGCCUCUGGAGACACACAACCCUGUGGAGACACAGGCUCAUGCACAGGCGUGUGGCAGAGAGGGGUCGGUGCAGGUGGAGGGGAAGAAGAGGUGGAUGGAGAGGCGGUCAUCCCAGACCCAGAGACCCACGCAGACACAGAUGCUGAGGAGGCCUGCACAUCUGGCCGUGAGACCACUGGACGAAGGCUCGCUGUACGAGAGCCCGCACACGCGCAGGAAAGAAUCUCUGUUCCACUCCACCGUCAGUCACCUGCGGCUGGAGCCUCACACUCCCGCAGCAACGCUCAGCCAAGGGCCUCUUUCAGACGUCGCUCUCAGAGAGUCCGACGCUGAGAUGGACAUGUCCUCCUCCACUGAGUCCACCCCUCAGGCGACGCCGCCCACUCGUCGCUGGACGCCCUCCCCCAGCCACCUGGCCCCUCCUCGGCCCUUCGCUCUGGAGCUGCUGCACUGCCAGGAGCGUCUGCAUCGCGAGCACCUGCUCCUCCUGCCCACCAGGGGGCGUCUGCGCCUGGCAACAGAGCGCCCGGCCCCCAGCCCCUCCCACGACCAGCCCCCGACGCUGCGCGUCCGCGUUGUUUCGGUGGAGGGCCUGCGCGACCCAGGUGACCCCCGGCCCUUCAGCUGCAGCCUGAGUCUGUGCCUGAGCCCCGGCAAGAUGCAGCAGCAGCACAGCGCCACCAUCCGGCACUGCCGCGAGCCUGUGGUCUUCAACGAGGACUUCUUCUUCAGCCAGCCCGAGGGCCAGGAGCUGAGUGGCAUGCAGCUGCAGGUCAAGGUCAAGGACAAGAGCGGAGGUCUGGGCAGGGUCUGUGUGCUGGGCGUCAUCAGCAAGCCGCUGUCAGAGCUGAUGGCCCUCUAA